CGUCCUCUGUUGGCUCAGUCGAGUUCCUCCUCCUGGCGAGCCUUCGAGAGUUGGGGAUCCUCCAAGCCUCGCCGGCAGCGACGUCCAGAGAUGGCGGCGAAUCAGCCGCCGCCGUCGUCCGCCUCCGCGCCCGCGGCGGGACUCUCCCUGAAGGAGUACCUCAAGCGGUACCAGUCCGGACCCGCCGCGGACGGCGACCAGAAGAAGGCCAAGAAGAAGACGAAGAAAAAGCCCAAGCCCUCCGCCGGGGGAGGCGGGGUGCUCAUCGUCGACGAGGACCCUGUGUGGCAGAAGCCCGUGCAGGUCGAGGACGACGAGCCCGCGUCGUCCGGUGACGAUAGGCCUCUCGUGGACGAGGACAUUGAGGUCAAGCGGAUGCGUCGCCUGGAAGCGAUACGCGCGGCGCGGCCGUACAAUGCCAUCGCGGAGGACGGCAGUGGGUGGGUCACCGUGGCCGCCCCUGAGGAGCAGAGUGGCGGGUCCACCCGUCAGCGCAGGAACGACACGCCAUCACCGGAGCGGGGCGCCGGGAGGAAGGACCUUUCUCCUCCGCGGCGUAGACAGCGGCGCGACAUGCCCUCACCGGACCGGGGAGAUGAUGAUGGCGAGGAUCUUUCGCCACCGAGGCAGAGGCAAAAGCGCCGAGACACACCAUCGCCAAAGGGCAAUGAUAUAGCAGAGCAGGAUGAUUUGUCACCACCACGGAAGUCUAGGCGGCAAGAAGAUCCCUCACCUCCAAGGAGGCGUGCUCGUCAUGACUCUGAGAAGCUCCAAAACCUCUUGCCACGCCCAAGGCGCAUGAGGCAUGACUCAGAGGAGCCUCAAGACCUCUCUCCACUACGUCGAAGAGCACGGCAUGACUCCGAGGAGCCCAAAGAUCUCUCUCCACCACGUCGAAGAGCUCGGCAUGACUCUGAGGAGCCCAAAGACCUCUCUCCACCACGUCGAAGAGCACGGCAUGACUCCGAGGAGCCCAAAGACCUCUCUCCACCACGUCGAAGAGCACGGCAUGAUUCGGAGGAGCCCAAAGACCUCUCAUCACCACGGAGGAGGAAGCACCAAAACUCUUCCGAGCUGGAUGAUCUGUCACCUCCAAGAAGGCAAAAUUUUGGACGGAGUCUGGAGGAUGGGGACAUGUCACCACCAAGGAAGGGUCGAAAAUUUGCAUCUGAUGAUUUAUCUCCUCCGCGUAAGGAGAGGGACCUUUCCCCCCCUAGGAAAGGUAGAAAGGAAGGAGCUCCAAAUGAGGUGAGGAGAGCUGGAUUGAUGACAGCAGAGGAAGUUAAAGAGGACAUCAGAAAGAUUAAGGAGGAUGAGAAACUCAAGUUUGCAGCACAGGAUCCCUCGUUGGUUGGGAAAGGGGCAAAGGCAGUAUUCCGAGACAAGGAAGGAAGAAGGAUAAGUGAAGAAGAGAUGCGCAAGGCAAAAGAACCUAAGAAGCCGAAGGAAAUACAUAUAGAAUGGGGUAAAGGGUUGGUGCAGAAGCGAGAAGCUGAAGCUAGAUUACAAGAGCUUGAAGCUGAGAAGAGUAAGCCAUUUGCAAGAACAAGGGAUGACCCUGAGCUUGAUACCAUGCUAAAGAACACAAUCCGAUGGGGUGAUCCUAUGGCUCAUCUUGUCAAGCGGAAAGAUCCAGAAUUUCUUCUGGAAGACUUGGGAGACGAUGAAAAGAUGAAAGAAUCUGGGUUCAUAGUUCCCCAAAAUAUACCUAGUCACAGCUGGAUGAAACGUGGAGUGGAUCCUCCUCCAAACCGUUAUGGCAUAAAACCUGGUCGUCAUUGGGACGGAGUGGAUCGCAGCAAUGGAUUCGAGAAGGACAUGUUUAAGCUAAAGAACGAGAAGCAAGCAACGGAGCAAGAAGCCUAUCUUUGGUCUGUCUCAGAUAUGUGAGCCCAGCUGCUGUUCCAAGAAAUGAAUUAUGCAAGGACUACAGUAUUCUCGAAGGAAGCAACACUCCUUAAACGAUUCUUUCACAAAAUGUCACCGGUGAUGUGCUCGAGUAGCUCGAUAGCUUGCUUGAAAGCCCAAUGAAAUAGCACUUUUGUUAUGUAUUUGUUGAAAUCUACCAGUCAUUCUCUUUGCAUCCUUCACAUUUUGUAAUAUAGGCGAAUAUAUCCUAGGGCUGCAAUCGUCUUUGUUAUCGGACUGCACUAUUACAUGAAACAGGAGUUCCAUUUUUUUAUUUCAAAUAAAGUUGAUAGGUGGUGAGCAGAUAGUAGUAGGAGAUAUCCUGGUUAACUUCCAUAAUGGCCUAUUUCUUCAUGUACUGAAUCGGCGUGAACAGCUUCAAGUUUUCUAAGAUUUGCUCGCUGAAUUAGCAGUUGUCUUAGCAAGCAUGCUGCCAUCAAUGUAUUAGUAAUUUUGAAUUUGUUUUUGCACUGAAA